AUGCCUGAAAUUGUCGCCGACGUUUCAACCUCAAAUCCGGCCGGCGAUAACAUACAAACCGGAGGAUAUGUCCCACACAAAGAGCUUUUCGGCUACUCAUCGCCGAGAAGCCCAUUGACGACACUCAGCCCGGAGAGCGAUUCAAUGGGUUUAUCCGUUGACAGUCCCGGCGGCGUCGACACCUCCAUUGAACAGCUCUAUAACAACGUCUGUGAAAUGCAAAGCUCCGACCAGUCACCUUCCAGGUUCAGUUACUUAUCAUAUGGUCAAGAAUCGCGAAUAGAUUCCGAGCUCCGCUUUCUCGCCGGAGGAGACUUUAUGAAACCAGACGGCGGUGCUACAAAAGAGACAGUCGUCACAAUCGAUGAAAAAGAAGCGAAAGAAACAUCAAACGACAGCAACACGACUGUAAACAUCCCAAAAUCUGAACAGUCUUCAACUCCAAAAAACCGACUUCCUUCUCGUAAGAGGAUUCCAUCGAGGAUAAAUCUCAAAAAACAAGAAAAAAUUUCACCCAACGAAGAUCCAGCGUACCUCGGGACUUAUUUACUCAAACAAGCGCGAGACUUGUUGUCAUCAGGUGAUAACCCGAAAAGGGCUUUUGAAUUGGCUCAACGAGCAUUGAAAUCAUUCGAAAGCAUCCAAUCUGAGACACCAAAUUUGGAAGUCGUCAUGUGUUUGCACAUCGUAGCAGCUUUGAAUUGCAGUUCUGGACGUUACACCGACGCCAUUCCUUUGUUAGAACGUUCAAUCGAAAUCCCAAACAUGGACCAAGGUCAAAAACACUCUCUCGCUAAAUUUGCAGGGUGUAUGCAGUUAGGCGAUACGUAUUCAAUGAUUGGAAACAUCGAGAAUUCAAUACUUUGUUACACCGCCGGUUUAGAAAUCCAACGACAAGUUUUAGGUGAAUCCGAUUCCCGAUUUGGUGAAACUUGUAGAUACGUAGCGGAAGCUCAUGUACAAGGUAUGCAGUUCGAUGAAGCUAAGCGGUUAUGUCAAAUGGCUCUUGAUAUACACAAAAACGGUUCACCGGAAGAAGCCGCCGACCGGCGGCUCAUGGGGCUGAUAUGUGAAGCGAUGGGAGAUUACGAAACCGCCCUCGAACAUUACGUUUUGGCGAGCGUCGCCAUGGCCGGAGAUGGACACGAAACAGAAGUUGCUGCUAUCGAUGUUUGCAUCGGGGACGCUUAUUUAUCAUUGUCUCGUUACGACGAGGCGAUUUUUUCGUAUCAGAAAUCGCUUAAUCUUUUCAAAUCAACAAAAGGCGAUAAUCAUCCAUCAGUUGCUUCGGUUUUCGUCCGAUUGGCCGACGUCUACAACAAAAUCGGGAAACUACGUGAAUCGAAAUCGUACUGUGAAAACGCGUUACGGAUUUACGUGAAACCAGUCGCCGGAAUCCCUAGAGAAGAAAUCGCGAGUGGUUUGAUUGAAGUUUCGGCGAUUUAUGAGUCGAUGAAUGAACUCGAUCACGCAAUUAAUCUACUGAAGAAGGCGUUGAAGGUGUACGGGAAGGCGGUAGUAUUUGGAGUCGUAUGGGUGUUUGAAGGCGGCGAUUGGGAAGCUGAGGCGGUGGGGGAGAAGAAAUCGGCGCUUUUUGGUGUUGCUUUGAAUCAAAUGGGGCUUGCUUGUGUUCAGAUUCACUCGAUAAAUGAAGCGGCUGAUCUUUUUGAAGAAGCGAGAGGUAUAUUGGAGACAGAGUAUGGGCCUCACCAUCCUGACACACUUGGGGUUUAUAGUAAUCUUGCCGGCACUUAUGAUGCCAUGGGCAGAUGGGACGAUGCGAUUGAGAUACUUGAAUAUGUGGUUGGGAUGAGAGAGGAGAAGCUUGGAACUGCGAAUCCGGAUGUGGAUGAUGAGAAGCGGAGACUAGCAGAGCUUCUUGGGGAUGCGGGCCGAAAUCGGAAUAAGAAAUCACUCUCACUUGAAUUCCUUCUUGAUGCCUAA